CAUUAGUUCACCCUUUUUGAACAAAAUCACUUACUCUCUUAUACUCUAAAUUUCAUACGAAUCCUACCGCCAAUAGUCGCCCUCGAACUCCGCCUCCCCGAUUAUGCAUCUCCGUCCUGCCACCCAUUCCGGUUCGUGGUACUCCGCCAACCCCACAAAACUCUCUGCCCAAAUCAAGCAAUGGUUUAAGACAGCCCUGGCGGAAACUGCUGACACCGAAAUUGCGGUUCCUCGAUUUCUUAUCGGCCCCCAUGCCGGACUCACGUACGCGGGGGCUACGCUAGCACAGACAUACCGUCUCUGGCACUCAAACAACACCGAUCACAUCAAGCGCAUCUUCAUCUUGGGCCCGUCCCACCACGUUUACUUUAAGGAAGUGGCAUACACGACGAGAUUUGACGCCUAUGAGACCCCGAUGGGGAAUGUACCGUGCGACGUUGCCGUGUGUAAGCUGCUUGCUAAGAGCUCCCGGGUCAAGUACUUGCCAGAGAGCGUGGAUGAAGAGGAGCACAGCUUUGAGUUGCACAUGCCAUUCAUCCAUCAAUGCUUUGCGCUGAAAAACCAGCCGCCCCCUGCCAUUGUGCCUAUUUUGCUAAGCCACGGCAGCGAGGACUUUGACGAAGCGUUGGCGAAAAUGUUGGCUCCGUACUUGGCAGAUGACAGCAACGCGUUUGUGAUAUCCAGCGACUUCUGCCACUGGGGCCGGAGGUUUGGGUACACGGAGUACGUGUCCGAUGUGACUGGGUUUGAAAGCGUCAAGGUGACUGCUACUGACGGGACUUACGACCUGUACUUACAAACAUUAAGGUCUUCCAAGACAGCGCUUGCUAUUCCAAUCUACAAGUCAAUUGAGUUGUUAGACCGCCGGGGGAUGGCGGUUAUCAGCACCGGGUCUUACGACGCCUGGAGACUGUACAUAGACUCCACGGGGAACACAAUAUGCGGGGAGAAACCCAUUGGGGUAUUGUUACGAAUGAUGGAGAUAGGGAGGGAGACACUCGAGGAGGUGGGAUUAUUUGAAUGGGCUGGAUAUACCCAGAGUAACGCUGUAACGAGCGUGGCCGAUGGCAGUGUCAGCUACGCUGGGGGAUAUGCCUUCUAGUCUGCCCCCCUCAGAUAAUAUAUACACUAUGAAUAAAUAUAACGUACAAAAGAAGGUAGUUUAGAGAAGUUCUACAACGUUUAUAGAUUCAAUUUGCAGAUAGAAAUAAAAUGCAUGUAUGAGGUUACAUCCGCAGCCUUUGAACAGACCCUGACACAUGCACAACCAAGAGGUGGGCCGCCGGGUAUCCUCUCGGCCAUGAGAAUAAACAUAAUACCUGUAGGGAUAAACCAGAAUGGUCAUUCACG